AUGAGGGUCUCACAGCUCAUCUGCCUCCCGGCUCUCGCUGGACUGUCAAGUGCCACAAGCUAUCCUCUCAAUCUCGCCAAUGAUGCGUGCGCUGCUCUCGCAGAGGAAUUUCCUUCCGACGUCGCUUACCCCAACACGACAUCCUACACCCUGGCCAACAACUACUGGUCUCAUCGCCAAUCAGAAGUCCAUCCUGAUUGCUUUGUCAAUCCUCAAACCACCAAGGAUGUGUCCAAAGUGAUGAAGAUUCUCACGUAUCUCGACGCGCCCUUCUCAGUCAAGAGCGGCGGCCAUACUGCCUUUGCUAACGGAUCCAACAUCGCUAAUGGCGUCACUAUCGAUCUCCAGAAUCUCAACAACAUCACUGUUUCUGAAGACCGCAAGACUGUUUCUGUUGGACCCGGAAACCGAUGGAUCAACGUCUCCGAGGUUCUCGACCCGCUCAAGCUCGCUGUCGUGGGCGGCCGCGUCGCUAAUGUUGGUGUAGGCGGACUCAUCCUCGGCGGUGGCAUCUCGUACUUUUCAGGCUCCAAGGGCUGGGCUUGCGAUAACGUGCGCAACUACGAAGUAGUCGUCGCGUCCGGUGAAAUCGUCAAUGCAUCGCCAGACACCAACGCCGAUCUUUACUGGGCGCUGCGAGGCGGUGGAGGUUCAAACUUUGGCAUUGUGACACGCUUUGACCUGGCUUCUUUUGAACAGGGCGAUCUGUGGUCCACUUCACUCAUUCAUCCGGGCGCUUUGAACACGACAGUCAUUCCUCUUUUCCACAAUCUGACUGUGAACGGUCUGCCAGAAGAUUCGGACGCGCACAGUUUCUUUGUUCUGACGUAUCAGCCUUCCUUCGGAGGCUACAUCGCGCUCACAAGUCUUUAUCACUCUACGAUUCCUUCACCAGCGGAAAGCAUCCCUCCGGUCUUUUCACCGCUCACGGAUAUUCCAGGAGCGAUCUCGAAUCAGACGGUUGUAGCCAACAUUUCCACACACUCUAAACUCAUCGACGUCCCCUAUGGCUCGCGACAGACUUGGUGGGACGUCGCGGUAUCUGCCAAGUCUGCCUCAUUCUUCGCAGACAUCUUGCCUCUCUAUGAAGCCCGCAACCUUAUGCUCUUUGAAGCCGCCAACGGUAGCAGUGUCGUUCCAUUUCUAGUUUUCCAACCUUUAUCAGUCAACAUUCUUCGAGCGAUGCAGAAGAAUGGCGGCAACACCUUUGGUCUCGAUCCAGACGAGGGUCCCUUGAUGCUUGUACAGCUCACUACGACUUGGGAGGACCCUAAGCUGGACAAGCUAGUGGAGGACAGCUCGGAAGAGUUUAUCAGCAAUGUCGGAAGCUUGGCAGAGGAUCGCGGCUUGGACAAUGGAUUCAUCUACAUGAACUACGCGGGCAGUAAACAGGAGGUGCAGCAGCACUACAGCAAAGAGAAUCAGCAGAGGCUGAAGAAGGUUGUCGACGAGUGGGAUCCUGAAGGGAAGCUAGCUCGUCUGUGGAGAGGCUACUUCAAAGUCUAG